CUAUAGCUCUGUAAAGCUUGAUAAGCUGGCUUUACCCCGCAGUACAAGUGAUCGCAAGCGUUUAGGUGUCGGAUAGGUCCGAGCGUCUUGAAGUGUAUGCCGAAUAUCUGCCGAUCGACCCCUCCGAACAUCCAAACCUCUAAACUAUCUUUCACAGUAUCUGAAGCAAACGAACUCAUUCACGCUUCCUGUACAACUUCCUCCCUAGACCUCAGAUUAGCCUCGCAGAACCAAAGAAUCAUGGCCCUCGAACACGGAAACCCCGCCGACCUCCUCCCUAUCCACUGGAAAUCACAAAUCACAGCCUGGUUUGCAGAAGAUACUCCCUCCUUCGAUUAUGGCGGAUUCGUCGUUGGGGAUGACGAACGAACUGCGACUUUAUACGGAAAAUCGCGAGGCAUAUUGGCAGGUGUACCAUUCUUCGACGAGGUAUUUGCACAAGCUGGAUGUUCGGUGGAAUGGCAUAUGAAGGAGGGAACAUUAGUUGAUCCUGGCGCAUCCGGAAAAGUAGCCGUGGCUACAGUUACAGGGCCAGUACGCAAAUUAUUAUUAGGGGAGAGAGUUGCGCUUAAUACAUUAAGUCGCUGCUCAGGGAUUGCGACGAAAUCAAGGGAUAUGGAGAUUUUGGUUAGGAAGGCGGGGUAUAAAGGGAUUCUUGCUGGAACGAGGAAAACUACACCGGGGUUCCGGAUGGUGGAGAAAUAUGGAAUGAUUGUUGGGGGUGUUGAUGGACAUAGACAUGAUCUGUCUAGUAUGACUAUGUUGAAGGAUAAUCACAUUUGGGCUAGGGGAAGUAUUACUGAUGCCGUUAAGGCUGCGAAGGCGGUCGGUGGGUUCUCGCUAAAGAUUGAGGUAGAGGUUGAUAGCGAGGAAGGUGCUGAUGAGGCUAUCGCCGCUGGGGCUGACAUAAUUAUGUUGGACAACUUUUCAGGAGAUGGGUUGAAAGUAGCUGCGAAAAGUUUACGGCAAAGGUGGGCUGGGAAGAGGGAGUUCUUAUUGGAGUGUAGUGGCGGACUCACUUCUGAGAACGUGGAGACGUAUAUCAAUAACGGUAAGCUUAGCGCAAUCCUUUUUAGCAGAUUAUUCCUAAUUUUCACAUUUAGAUAUCGAUAUAAUAUCCACGAGUUCGAUACAUCAAGGUGUACCUCAUAUCGAUUUCUCUCUGAAAAUCGAUCAUUAAUGAAUAUAUAAAGAUGAAAUAAUAUACAUUACUCCGCAUAAUACAUGUCACCACAUCUCCUCGUUCAUGAGCUUUAAUUGCGAUCAAAUAGUGGGUCUAUAUCUCAGCUACAUAAGCAGAAAGACUGAGAGUUUUCCUUUCAUGUGACAA